AUGCGCAAAUUAUUCCUUUUCUCUGCUGCCAUCUCUACAUCAAUAUGCCACGCGGCAUCUCUCUUACCUCGUGGCCGGGCCAACGAUGAUAAUAGCGGCCAACAACACAUCUUCAGCCUGAACGCACAGCCCAAUCCUCUCUUUUCUCCGCCCUCGUACCGGCAUUCUCGGGGCUUCGUCGCACUCGGCGAUUCCUAUUCUGCAGGUAUCGGUACUGGCCUCGACGGGCAGUAUCUCGUCUCGGAAGGAGACUGCCGACGAGGUCAACAUGGCUACCCUCUCCUCCUCCACGCAGACUUGGACAAUACCACAGGGACCAACACCUCCUUCCAAUGGCUGUCGUGCACCGGCGCCGUGACCACCGACCUCCUCUCCGGCGUUGACCCGUCCAGCCAGAUCGACGCCAUCAACACCUCUCUCCCUCUCGAUUUCGCCACACUCUCCAUCGGCGGCAACGACCUGGGCUUUUUCAACGUCAUGAACGCCUGCAUCUUCCGCUUCUACUCCUUCUACAGCGGAACCUGCGCCGCCGCCCUGGCCGCCAGUGACGCCGCCCUUGCCAGCGGCGUUUUCGAGCACAGGCUUGAAAUCAUCCUCCACGAGAUCCUCGACGCCGUCGCCUGGGAAAAGCGGCCCUUCUUCAGCCUCACCGUGACGGGUUACGCCCGAUUUUUCAACGACCAGACACCUGAGUGCGAUGCCAUGUCCCUCGGCGUCUGGUGGGGCGGCCCAAAGCUGUCGCGCGAAAUCCGGGGCCGUAUGAAUGCUCUUGUCGACGCCGCCAACGACAAGUUGCGUAGGGCCGUCGCCCGCGCCGCCGCACGGUUCCGUGGUCCUCGCCCGCGGGUGCUGUUUGCGGACUACAACGCGCUCUUUGAAGGCCACCGCUUCUGCGAGCCGGGGGUCGUGGAGCCUGCGUAUGAGCGCAUUGAGAGCUGGUUCUUCCUUGUCGGCGGGCCCGACAAUGCGCGGAACGAGACGACCUGGCCCAACGGGACCAACGGCGACCCGCCGAACAGCGACCCGCCAAACAGCGACCACCCCCCUCCAGACGAUGACGGCGCGAUGAUGAUGCUGUCGCCCGCCUCGGAACUUGUCAACCCGCAGACCUGCCUGCACAACGCACAGGCUACCGGCGACUGGGGCGAGCUGGCGCUGUGCUACAUGGCCGUGGCGAAAAGCCGUGACCCUUCACUGCGCCCGGCGUAUGGGGGCGUGACGGCGCAGAAUGGCAUGUGGUGGGUUCCCACGAGCUAUGGGAAGACGUUUCAUCCUCGCACUAUGGGAUGUGAGGCGAUUCGGGACCAUAUCUAUGACAUCUGGAGAGAAUAUGGGCUGUAA